UUGGCUACCAGUCGAAAAUCGGGUAAUCUAUUUGCGGAAAUCAACGUUUUAUAACUAAACAGGACCAAAAUGAAUAUAAUAUCAACAGUUUGUUGGUGCAACAUUUGGGACAAGGACACCAUUGUGAAUGUGGGUCCCGAUGUCCUGUGCCAGCGGAAUGGCAACGCGAUGAAGUUUGUCCAUAUGCAGACGAAGGCAGUUACCUUUUUCAAGGCGGAGACGGUGUCCACGGGUCUAAGUAUCAGUUGUUUUGCUGGCCACAACCGUUUUCCUCUUUUCGCCUUUGCCGAGGUCGUAUUGAGGCCAAAUAUCUAUAUAUACCGCUAUCCGGAUAUGGCGAAGUUCAGCUCCAUACCCCCUCACAUGAUGAGCUAUACCGACAUCCGUUUUUCGGAGCUGGAUCUUCUGAUCGCUGUGGGCGGCUAUCCUGACUAUUGCCUCUGUGUUUUCAACUACCGCACUGGAACUUUGGUCCUGGAGCAAUUCACCAAUGUGCCCACAGUGGAACGCGGCAUUGUGAUUAGCUUCACAAGCCUGCCUUCCAUCAUUCAGUUGAACAAGCAGGACAUGACCAUCAUAUGCUACGAAAUCUGCACCGUUGAAAAGGAGUCCUUCCUGUACAAGGUGGCUGAGGUGGAGCUGGGCAAGAAGUUCCUGAAGUCCUGCAACCGAUGCCUAAGCUUCGGCGAGGAUAACACCCUGUACGCCACCAACGACUUUGGUCAUCUGCUAUCAGUGGACGUGGCCUGUUUUGCCCUAAAGCCACAAUGGCAGCACACACCCGAAUCCGAUUCUGUGACCGAAAUGGAAAAAAUGCCGCGCUCACACGGCCUUACCUAUCACAAAUCCGGAUUUCUCAUCUGGAACAGCACGACCGCAUAUUAUGUGAAGAAAAAGGCGGGUGUCUUCAAGCUCGAGUGGGAAUUCGAAGGACGGUUAAACGAGGUGGUCCGCUUUCUGAGCAAUAACAAUGGCGAAAUCUACGCCGAGCGCCGCCCUGGACACAUUGACCAGGUGGUUGUGGACCGCAAUGGGGCAGUAUCGCUAGAACCCGUGGUGCCCACGGGAAAACCGGUGAUUACCUUUCGAGUGGUGCAGGGACUCAAGGACGAGUGCGUUUGCGUGUUGCACGAUGAAGGAGUGGCCAUGAUGGACCUGGCGAAAGGUAACACCCUGUGCGAAGUGUCCGUUCCAGGCGCAACGGCCAUGUGCAACCAUCGCAGCUUGGCCCUUGUGGUCGUGGGCACUUUGGAUGCCAGCAUCGUUUUGAUCCACUUCGAGAGGGCCAGCUUGCCGCAUGUUCUGUGCGAUCUUAAAAUGGAGACAGCAGCAGUGGUGGGGCUAGAGUUCAACGACAGCUGGGUGGUGUUUCAGGAUCAGAUGAAGGUGCUGCACGUUGUUCAGGUGGACAACAGGCCGCACAAAUUAACGCAUUACUUUGAGAUGAACCCGCCGGAACUGUCUCAAGUUUUUAUACACACCUUCUUGCUGGCCGACGGACCCCGUUUGAUGGUCUUCAUCAAUCGGGAUCAUAGCAUGAAGCGUCCUGGCUUCGCCACCGAACUCUGGCUCUACAAUUGGGGCAAGGACAAGCGUCUUCAUAGGCGAGAAUAUAUCCUGCCGAAGCAAUACGGCUUCUUUUGUGUCCAGCCGCCUGUAGGCAGAUGGGCACUGAUCGAGAUUGUGGCCACCGAGUACAACAACUUGAACUUUGACCAGUUCGCGUUGAACGAGAAGGAUGAACUGCAGUGGAUCGCCUCCACCAAGUCGGGGCACUUCAGCUAUAUUCUCGGUGCCGGCAUGACCAAACAUUUGGUCACCUGGAGUCUUGGCGGUAUCCUUGUUCACUUCAAGCAGCACAAACGGGCCAAGAAACCGUUUAUGAUCUGCAGAUUUCUUAACUUGGGCAUGCAAACAGAGUACAUACUGCGAGUGAAGGAAUGUUUUAAUUCGAAAUACCUCAUUAUCCUUUUGGCCAACAAGAGCAUGCGAGUAAUGCGUCUGCCUUCUCUGGCGGACUUUGUUCGUGAAAACGUGGCCUUACCAUUGCCCACGGAAGAGGGCAUUCCCUGUUUCGUGGAGCAGAUAGUCCACAAGGUGGAUAUGUUCGUGCCACUGAGUCAGCGGCAGGAAGUUAAAGAAGAGUACACCCGGGCGGAUUUAGCAAAGCGCGAGAAGCUGUUUAACAGCAUCAAGGACUUUGCCGCCAAGGUGACGGCGCUAAUCGACUACGAUAUUUCUAAGACGGGCAAAACCCAAGGCAUCUUUAAGAAGUUCUGCUUCCACUAUCGCUGGCUGGAUGCUCUCACGGAGGAGGCCCAUAAACUGUGUGCCUUAGAACGAGAAUCGCUGGAACGGGCCAUUGCAGAUCAGUCAAGGAUUCGUGACUGGAUCCUACGCCUGGUAACCCGCGAUGCGGUGAGCAUUAACUAUCGUGUUCGCUCCAUUUUCGCAGAUGCCAACUUCGAAAGCUUCUCCGUGCGGAGGAAAAUUGAAAUGUCAGAGUUCGAUAAGUACCGAUUCUACGACCUGGAGGACCAUUUACGCCUCUCCCUAGGCUCAUUCGAGGAGGAGGAACCGCCUGCUCCAGCCGCUGGCGGUCAUGGUCCGCCUGCUGCCAUCGAAGAUGGCGAGGUGGGCGAGGAGGAGACCGUGGAAGUUGCUCAAGGAUUGCGCGAGCUCAAGCCAUUUGUGGUGGAGGGACCCAGUAUCUACGAGCACAUAAUGGCACCUGUUUUUCAGUUGCAGGACAAGAACCUGGUGACCUCGAACCAGUUGUUUAACUAUAACUGCAAAAUCCGAUUCUAUCUAAAUGAUCCGCUCAAACAGGAGUUCAACAAACUCUUCCACGAGGCUCAGCAACUCAAGCAGGACACCAUCGACAGCGUGAUGAACACUAACGUGGUGCUCAACAAGAUCUACGACAAUAUGAACAUUAUGCUGCGGCUCCUCAAUAUGGAUCAGUUCAAGCCACCUGAACUUACGGUCCCAUCGCUGGCAAAGGAUGAGGUAAUCAAGCAGAUCAUGGAGGUGGACGACUCCGAGGUUAAGGCAAUAAACCGCCGAAAGCCAAAGACAAUCGACACUGGUGGCAAGAAGGGAAGACUGCUUCUUUGGAGCAAAGAGUUUUGGGCUCGGGCUCUCAUAGUGAUGAUGGACGGGGUGCUGGAGAAACUGUGGGAAGAGGAGAUCAAGAAGGACAUCCCAGAGCCGGAGUUCAUGCAAAAGAAGCAGCCACAUGAGUUUAAUCUCGAGGAGCAGAAGAUCUUUCGCGCCUACGAGGAGGCAGUUCAUCUAUUGGAACUGGACCGUCGCAAGUACCUUCGAAUCCUGCAUGAGAACGAAGAGAAAACGUUGGCUCUCAAAGCCGCCCAGAUUUUAAAGCUCAACCAGCGCGUAGCUGAACUGAUGAUCUUGAAACUGAAAUAUGACUUUGCCCUCAAACAGGGGCAAUUGCGCAUGCUCACCCUCGAAAAGAUCAAUUUCGGAAGGGUUCAAAUGCGCAAACGCUACACCAUGUUCCGCAAGGACAUCGACAAGUUGAACGACUAUAUGACGCGGUAUAGCAACCUACUCGAUUUCUAUGACAAGGCUUUUCUCGAUGUGAAAACGCGACUGGAGGUUCAGCAGACCCGUGAUCGAGCCGUCGAACGGCAGUUUCGAAGUCAAUUCUUACCUUUAGUUCCACAUGCCACCCACGAGAUGACAAAGCUCUUCAAGAAGCGACCCAAACUGCCCGGUAAGGUCUUCAACUCGGUACUCAUCUGCAUGGAGGCCUCGAACAAGCUGAGCGGAAAGCCCAGUCAUCGUACUCCCUUCCCUCUGCCCGACGAUGUCCUGGAGUUCCUUAACUAUCUCGCCGAGUUCGAUCAACCAAAACAGUGUCCGCCGAAUGUGGAUCCCAAGUCUUGGGACGCCUUCGUCAAGUUGCGUCGCCAGAAGACUGAGAGCGAGUUACGAUUGAAGGGUAUAGGCUACCAGCUGCUCGACAGCCAAGCCCUCCUGGGUGUCCUUAACAAGGACCUCACAGCGCUCAAGGAGUCCAAGAUCCUGACUCAACGUAAUUCCGAAGAGAGCAUCCAAACAUACCUAGAAAAGAUGAGAAACAUGACCAUCCAGUUGACCCUCACAAUGGGUCAAGUUGAGGUCUCGGUUAUGGGCCAGUUCACAAAACUCUCAAACACAGUUCUCAUGCAUGUGGAUGACAUCAACGAUGUGAAUCGCCAAAUUCAGGAAGCUGGAAAUAAGAAGAUUAAAGCCAUGCAAAGAGUGGCAGUAUUUAGACGUCAGGUCAUCUUCAAGGAAUGGGAACACAAGCUGUACAAGGCCAAUAUAGCGUAUCUGAAGUACAUGCUGGAUGCCAUCGAGAAAUGCAAGGUUUCAAUGGAGUUCCUUAACAUCCUUCGCAAUUGGGAAAAGGUUAAGACAGAACGUCAGAAGUAUAUAGCCGGAGCUAUCGAACGAGUGAUCGAACAAAAGAUAGCAGUAUUCAAGAAAAACAUCGAUCGUGUCAACAUCAAAAUCGAUGCGGUGAAAGCACAAACCUUGGAAAUAAAGCGCAGCAAUCACGCCAUCGAUUUUAAAAUCGAGCGUAUCAAGGUGGACGUCACUUUCCAAAACACUUUGCGCGAUACGAUGAUGGAGGACAAGCGGGAUCGCGAGCAGCGCGAGCGAAUGUCACAGAUUAAGACCCAUCGGCAGCUUAUGGAAAAUGUCCGCCGCAACUACGCCCAUGUGCUGGAACUGCAGACGAUUCUGGAGCUGCUCCGUCUGCGAACCUACCCCACGUUGGGGCCACCCCUGCCCCAAUGUCAUCCGCCAGUGCCGGAGCACAUCCUCAGUUCGGUGCCCUAGGAGAACUUUAACCCGACCAAAAUUUUAGCCACUUGGCGAAAUUGCAAUUAAAUAUUUUCAUUCCUCCAAAUGAAAAUUUAUUGGUGGUUCUGGUUAUCUGGUCUGGGUCUUCUGACUCGUGCUGCCACUUAAUUGGGUUUGUUUGUGUCUGGGGGAAAAGACGAAAACGAGGCAUAGAGUCGUGCACUUUGUGCUCCGAAACAAACUCUAGUCUCGACUAACUACUUUUGGUGCUUAAAUUGGGAAAACCACUUCAGCAUCGCACUUCACCUUUAUUGUUUAAAUGGAUUGCCCUUGAAGCCAAGAAAGUUGAUCCGUGAGAUCAUACUGUUGCAAUAUAAUAAAAACUAAAAAAAACGCGAUUGUUACUUUAUAUGGCUAACAUAUCGUUAAUGUUAGUACAUUGCUUACGCUAAAAACUGGCAGUGUUGGCAACAGAGAACUGCUGGCACCCAUUGAGUACAUCAAAGAGCAAAGACAUGAGCACGAAAUUUUUCUUGGGUAUUCCCUUUUACCCUUCAUUUCUUAUACCCGUCGCGCUUCCACCCAUACAAAUUUUAGGCGUACAAAAAAUGACCUGCGGCCGAUCGUUGACUGUGCGUCCACUCACCAAACGGCUCUUGCGCAGCAGGCCUCGGGUGGUUUUUUUACUCGUAACAAAAACACCACGUUGGUAAAACACUCGAAUAUUUUGUAUUGCCGCAAGUAGGGUGUCAAAAAACACGGGGUGCCUAGAGACCGAGUGUUUAUCGGGUGGACGUAGAGUGCCUCUGGUUGGCAACCACUACUAUUCUUUUUAUUAUUACCAGUAAAUCCUUAUCUAUUCGGCUUUCAAAAUCAGAGAACUUUACUUUCUUUACUAAAUUUGCGAAUUCAUCAUUCAAAUGGCUUUAACCCCUGGAGGUGAGCUUAAGUAUAGAAUAUUUUUGUUAGUUCAGUAUUUUUACCGCAGCAACUAUGGUGAUAACAGUGUUUCGUUAUUUCUAUUGGCCUUUUAAGAUGAUGUCACCAAGCUAAAUUUACGUUUUGUAUAUCCAAAGUCUAAAAGAGUAGCUGUGGUUGAACAUUCUAAAAGCGGUGUUUGGUUUGUCCAAGUCCAAUCGCAUUUGUAUUUCUCCAACUUAGCUUGGCGUUGGAAAUUUCCGGGUGGCGUCGUCAAGUUUUCUAAGACUCGGUAUUAUAAAUAUUUAUUUUGUACAAUUACAUAAUUUGGAAUGUAGGGCGCCUUAUCAAGCAUUUCAAUAAAAACUUUAACACGUGCCACGUGCUUCGCAUUGAUAGCCGGUAAAAUGGAAAUUAUAGUAUAUUAUUAAAUUGAUUAUAUACCUGUUAAUCGUACAGAAAGUAGACUAUAGCGUUUUCUCUUGGCUUUAAACAUAUAUAAAUAUGUAUAUAUUUAACUUUUAAAAAAAGAUUAUUGCAAAAAUGUUAGAAAUAUUUGGUGUUUAAUGGCUUAGCAAUGCGAGCCAUUGAAAUGAUAAGCACCCAUUGUAAGAACUGUAUAUUCCAAAUUUAUACAGUGGUAAUCCCAUAAUUAUUUCUUGUUGAAAUUCAAACAAAAUAUUCUUAAAUUAUAUAUUUAAAUCUUAUUUGCUGUCCAAGUGCUAGAAUACUGAAAUCGAGGACCAUUGAAUGCUACAGAGAUUAACUAUUUGACGGUUGCCUAAAGCGGAUAUCUUCUGUGACUAAACAAAUGUAGACAUUCUUGAGCCAAGCAGACGCUCAGCUGUUAGGCGAAGCAAUCUAUCACAGCAUGCUACGGAAAAAAUUACGCUUAUCACGGGUCAGCUCCGUAGCUCUAAACGCUCGGCCUUCCUAGUGCCGAUAAGCCGGUCUCAAAUUCGGUUGGCUGCUGCGCAAAACGAGGUGUCGUUAUGAGUAGUUUGGUAGAGGUUCAAUCAGUACUCAAGUCAUCGUUCUCUAGUUCAGAGUUCCACAGCAGUUACAAACAAACCAACACAGAAAUGGCCAAGCUCGCACUUUGCAUCCUCGUGUUCGCCCUGUUCGCUUUGGCUCUGUCCGCCCGCGUACCCCGUGAGGAGCCCGCCGAGCCCAAUCUCAUCAAGGAAUAUAUUGACAAGGCCGCGGCCAGUUUCAAGGAAUUUGCUCAGAAGAUACAGGAAUUUGAACCGAAGGCUGAGGAGCUCGCUAAACAAGGAAUUAAUACCGUAACUACCUUCGUUCAAAAAGUUAACGAAACACUUUCUCAGGCACCAGCGGCAUCCACCUAAGACGUUGUUGGAUGGCCAUAUUUCAUUACAUCGAAAACGACUCGAAUAAAUGUUUUAACUUUAACUUUAGUUGUUACAUACAUGAAAACUAAAAAAUGAAAUUAAAACGUUGUUUUUAGCACAAAAACA